CACACGCGCGCACACACACACACACACACACAGAGAGAGAGAGAGAGAGAGGCACAGGCACGCGAGCAAGCCCACGCAGAGCCAGCCGCGGCGAGGAGAGGGGCGCGCGAGGAGCCCCGCUGCCCCCCAGCCCAGCAUGGCUUCGGGGGACCUUUACGAGGUCGAAAGGAUUGUAGACAAAAGGAAGAAUAAAAAGGGCAAAUGGGAAUAUCUCAUACGGUGGAAAGGUUAUGGAAGCAACGAAGACACAUGGGAACCAGAACAUCACUUAUUGCACUGUGAGGAAUUCAUUGAUGAAUUCAAUGGACUGCACGUCACCAGGGAAAAGCGCGCUAAACACGGGAAACAAGCCAACGUGCCCAAAUUUUUACGAGAAAGCAGGGGGUCAUCCCUGGACAAGAUAACCCACAGACCCUCAGACUCUGGGAAAAGCAAAGGACUCUCCCAUAAAAGGAAGCGCAUGACCCCCACCUUUCAAAAGCCAAAAAAAAGCUACGGAGCAAAACCUGCCUCUUCAAACGACAGAGCUGCUAAAACCGUAUCGUACCGGACUACACCGAGUGGCUUGCAAAUCAUGCCCCUGAAAAAGCCACACAACGGCUUGCAGAAUGGAGAUGCCCCUUUCGAGAAGGAUUCUGCUCACUUGGGGAAUGGCUCUCAAAAGGCCAGUGAGGAGCUAAAUGAAGCUGAAGGGGAAGCCAAUUUGCCCGGCGUUCUCGAAGUCAACAACGAGACGCCCAUCAUGAAUGGUAUCGGUUCCUCUCUUGCAAAUGGAGGCCUGAAUCUUCAUACCACUGUGAAACGGAAACUGGAGAGUGAAAAGGGUUACGUCUUCGAUAAGAGACUCAGGUACAGCGUGCGUCAGAAUGAAAGCAACUGUCGGUUUAGAGACAUUGUUGUACGCAAAGAAGAUGGAUUCACACACAUCCUCCUGUCCAGUCAGACCUCAGAUAACAAUGCACUGACUCCAGAGAUUAUGAAGGAGGUUCGAAGAGCCCUGUGCAACGCGUCUGCUGAUGACAGCAAGCUCCUGCUGCUCAGUGCCGUAGGCAGUGUAUUUUGUAGCGGCUUGGACUAUUCCUACCUAAUUGGAAGGUUAUCCAGUGACCGACGGAAAGAAAGCACCCGGAUCGCUGAGGCUAUAAGGGAUUUUGUGAAAGCCUUUAUUCAGUUUAAGAAGCCCAUUGUGGUUGCCAUCAAUGGUCCUGCUCUAGGCUUGGGAGCUUCAAUUUUACCACUCUGUGACAUUGUUUGGGCAAGUGAAAAGGCCUGGUUCCAAACUCCCUACGCAACCAUUCGGCUCACUCCGGCGGGCUGUUCAUCGUACACAUUUCCACAGAUAUUGGGUGUUGCACUGGCCAAUGAGAUGCUGUUUUGUGGAAGAAAGCUGACGGCGCAAGAGGCCUGCAGCAGAGGGCUUGUCUCCCAAGUCUUUUGGCCCACCACAUUUGGACAGGAAGUGAUGUUGAGGGUAAAAGAAAUGGCGUCCUGCAGUGCCGUGGUUUUAGAAGAAUCGAAAUGCCUGGUUCGGGGUUUUCUAAAAUCUGGCCUUGAAGAUGUGAAUGAGAAAGAAUGUCAGAUGUUAAAGCAGCUCUGGAGCUCUUCCAAAGGACUAGAUUCGUUGUUCAGCUAUCUCCAAGACAAGAUCUAUGAAGUUUGACAUUGUUGGAGGGGAAAAAAAGGGAGAAGAAUGUUCUGGGAUCAAAGAGAUUUCAGAUGUCUCCGGGUUUGAGAAAAAUCACACGAAAGCCAAAACGAAAAACCAGCAAACCCUCCCAGAGGCUUUUGUGAAUGCAUAUCUAACAUCUCUGAGGUUGCAUCAGUUUCCUUGCUGAAUUCAACAACUCUUCUUAGCAAGGUUGAUUUUCUUUGUGGAAGGAAAGGCAGAUGUAUUGACCCAGCCUUUGGCAAGAAUUGCAUUUGAACACUCAACGUGGCUGGAGAGAAACAUACAUUCCAUGUGCCAGAAACACUAUCGGUAACCCUUUAAGGCACACCACAAAUUUUACUUCUUUGGUCUUCUUCUUCUAAUUAUUAUUAAUUAACUUAUUCCCGUUAUUGUAAGCAGCUUGUCACGGCAUCAGUCCAAAUGACUCAGUUUAGAAUUCAACGGUUCUAAAUCAUAAUUGUCUGCCCGGCCUACUUUAAGAAGAUGUCCAUAUUUUUGAUUUGUUCAACCAUUAACAAUAGAAGAUACAGUAUGUGGGGUAUAUAAUUUGUAAUGGCUGAUGGAUAAAAGAAAACAAUUUUGCAAAAAAAGAAAAACUUUCAAAAUAUCCUAUCUGGAUUGGAUUGCUUUCCCCCUUUUGGUUGAAUUUAUUUAAUUAAUUUAUUUGCGUUUGUGUAUCUCUGUGGGCAUGGGCAUGGGCAUGGAUAUGGAUGG